UGAACCCCCUCUGCCUGUUUCUUUACUCUCUCUCUCUCUCUCUCUCUCUACAACCAAUCCAAACAGCCUUCCCCCUGCCUUCUCUCUCCAAAUACUACUUCUGUUAUUCACCGGAUAUUCUUUCCGGGUCUGUUCCAAUUCCUUCAAUUCCUAAUUAGUACUAACAACAACCAUCCAAUUUUUUUUUGAGUCAACUCACGCCCACCUCAAUUAACAUUAAGUUAAUGGCGGAGCUAUCCCUGAAACCAACCAAAGCAGCGGUGGCUGCCGCUGCUGUCGAGGUGGUAUCAUUGAAGGAGGAACCAAGUGUCGAAGACACUUCACCGCCACAAUCAGCAGCAGUUGGCAUGUUACCACUGGCCAUGCCCGUGUCCAUGCCGGUACAAGUAAGACCACCGACGACGUCUUUGGCGGCGAAGAGGGUUUCGACAAAGGACCGCCACACGAAGGUGGAGGGACGUGGUCGUCGGAUCCGAAUACCCGCCACGUGCGCCGCCCGGGUCUUCCAGCUGACCCGGGAGCUCGGCCACAAGUCCGACGGCGAGACCAUCCGGUGGCUCCUCGAGCACGCCGAGGCUUCCAUCAUCGCCGCCACUGGCACCGGCACCGUCCCCGCCAUCGCCAUGACCGUCGACGGCUCCUUGAAAAUCCCAACCACCUCCUCCUCCUCCCCCGCCUCCGCCGAGCGCAAGCGCAAGCGCCCCUCCAACAGCGAGUACGUCGACGUCUCGUCAACAACGACCUCAAACCUGGCCCCACUUGCCGGGAUAGCAGCAACUUCACGCCCUCAAACCCUAGUCCCCAUGUGGGCCAUACCCUCGAAUUCCGCGCCAGCAUUCUGGAUCGUUCCACCGCAAAUACAAUCCACCUCCCAGUUGCCGCAAAUCUGGACGACGACUCCGUUCGUGAACAUAUCGGCGAGGCCCGUUUCGUCCUUCAUGGCCUCCAUCCAGCCGGCCAUCAACAUUACCGCAACGACGGCGCCGUUCGAGGUCCAUGCCUUGUCGUCUCCGAUAGCCACGAGCUCGACGGUUGGAGCGAAGGCAGAGAAAUCAGUUUCGACCAGCGCGCCGAGUAGUUCGAGCGGUGGCGGUAAGAGAAAGACCCAGAUGCUUAGGGAUUUUUCGAUGGAGGUUUACGAUAAGCAGGAGCUUCAGUUCAUGGGGACCCACAACAAGCAGUGAAGAUUUUUCGGAAUCGCCAUUGACGCCUGGGGCUCGAGCUUGGAAUUUCUUCAGGCUUUGUGUUUUGGGAGAGCACGUGCGCACGAGGGUUGGGUUUAAAGGGUCGCACGUGUAAGGUGGGGACCGGUUAGGCUGGGGUUGAAGGGUUUGUUGCUCUGGGGUCCACGGAAGGGGUGGGAUCGAUAUGGAGCGUGGACCGUGCAAGGUGGGGGCCACCUCGAGGUGGGGGAUGCGUUUCUUAUUCACUCUCGAUUCUCGUUCAGCGCUCGUGCUCUCUGUUAUCGUUCCCGUAAAUUCUGAUUGUUUAGGACGUUCUCAGGAGACGCUUCUGACGGUCGCGCUUGCGUUUUCGCCUUCGAACUCGCACGCUAAUUAUGUGACUAAAGACGUGUCAAGUGAGGAGUGGGGCCAAGGAGAUUGGAGGGGUUGCACAGUGGAUCUUGAUCGAGUAAUAAACAGUUCAGAUCUAUACGUGUUCAAAUUCAAUCUGAAUCAUUCGUGAUGAAAUGAACGGUUGUCUGCCGCUCGACACUCGCUUGGCAGCAUUACCGGAUCCGAGUGGGUCCGUGAAGCAUGGGCCAGAUCCAGGCGGCCACGGUGGUGUGGUCCCCCGUCUUUGCUGUGGUCCCAAUCGAGACUUUCGAGCGUGGAAAAGAUUGGGAGUUGGAGGGGCCGACACGUGGAAUCGUGAUUAGCUGUUCUUGGAUGGUGGUGGGGCCUGUUGCGUGAUUGGGACACGUGGAGGUUUUUUUUUUUUUUUAUUUGGGUGGGGCGCACUUUUUUUCCCAGUGUCUGGUGGGGACAUGGUGAUGAAAGGUGGUGAGAGGGAGGAGAGAGAAUCAGAUGCCCUUCACUUUUUUAUAUUAUGCUCUGUUUUUGUUUCGUUUUACUGCCUUUUAUUUUAUUUUAUUUUUUUAAAAUUUUGUUGGAUAUAAAAUGGUGGAAAAUGUAUCAUAAAUCCCCGGUUGAUCAAAUGAAAAAGGUUAACCGUUUUGUCUUA